UCCUGGUAAUGGAAGGCAUCUAGCCCAUGAUAAUAUUGUUACAAUAAUUGAGAUAAUAUAACUUCCACUUUAACUGCCUUUUAAACCCAAAACCACUUGUUUAUUCUCCAAACUCCCACCACCUCUUUUUCCUCUCCACCACCACACCACCACCACCACCACCACCAUCAUCAGAAUGUCCUCUCAAGACUCCCAACCAUUCCACUGGCACUUCAGUGCGGACCUAAACGAUAAUGAUUUCGUAAUCCAUGGCCAAACUCUCUUCCUCAUCAUCAUCAUCCUCUUCUCAUUACUAGUCCUCAUCACCACCCUAUUCCUCUACGCUCGCUGCGUUUGUAGAUACCGACAACAACACUUCCCCAAUAACCCACCACUCCACGCGCCACCUCUUCGGUCCCAGGGCCUCCACCCCACAAUAAUUAAGUCGUUACCGGUAACUUUGCACCAGUCAUCAUCGUCAUCUUUAUGUGGGGGCAACCGCGGCAAUAGUAACGUUGUAGUGGAAGCUGAGUGCUGUAUAUGUCUAGGAGUAUUUGAAGAUGGUGAUAAGGUUAAGGUUUUGCCUGAGUGCCACCAUUCUUUCCAUAGCGAGUGUGUUGAUAGGUGGCUUUCGGCUCGGUCUAAUUGCCCUCUCUGCAGAGCUUCUCUGCUGCAGGGUCACCCUGCAGGCUCCCCUGUUCUCUCCAUCUUAACAGAGUAAAUAAUAGUAAUUAGUCUUCUUUUUCUUUUUUGGAUUCUGGGUUCUUCGUAAUAUGAAAUUUUGGGAUUACGUGUGUAGAUUAUACCUGUAAAUCAAUCUGGUUGUUUUUUAAUUAAUAUUAAAUAGAUUGGAUUAUUGUUCUUUGAUAA